GUGCGAGGAUUUUUCUCCGAGUUUUUGGAAAAGUAAAAAUUAAAUAUAGCAGUGUCGUGCAAAAAAGAGAUAAUUUUGGGCUAAAACGAAGAAUUAACUCAAUAAUCGACGAAAAAUACAGUAAAACCUACUAAAUAACUACAACAUGCUGCUGCAGCGGAACAAAUUAGGCAGCGUACGGCCACCAAAGCGUUGCAGGAGCGACAUGGACAACACUUCCACCUCGGACAUUGUCAUCAUCAAUGGCAACUCGCAUCCGGAUCUGGCCAACAUGGUGGCCGAGCGGAUGGGCAUCAAGAAUGGCGGCUGCUCGGUGUUCCACAAGUCCAACAGGGAGACCAUUGUGGAGAUAAGUGAUUCCGUGAGGGGCAAGGAUAUUUAUAUCAUACAAACGGGCACCAAAGAUGCCAACAACAACAUCAUGGAGCUGCUGAUCAUGGCCUACGCCUGCAAGACCUCCUCGGCCCGUUCGAUUGUGGGUGUGAUUCCAUACUUGCCCUAUUCCAAACAGUGCAAGAUGCGCAAGCGCGGCUGCAUUGUGUCCAAGCUGCUGGCCAAGAUGAUGUGCACCUCGGGCCUCACUCACAUCAUCACCAUGGAUCUGCACCAGAAGGAGAUCCAGGGCUUCUUCGACAUACCCGUGGACAAUCUGAGGGCCUCGCCCUUCCUGCUCCAAUAUAUUCAGGAGAGCAUUCCCGACUAUCGCAACUCGGUGAUUGUGGCCCGCAAUCCGGGUGUCGCCAAGAAGGCCAACUCCUAUGCCGAGCGACUGCGUCUUGGCCUGGCCGUCAUCCAUGGCGAGCAGAAGGAGACGGAUGCCGAUGAGGUCGACGGCCGGUACUCACCUCCCCCGACCAGUGCGUAUAGCAAUUUAUUAGGAAAUUCAGUUGAAAUGUGCUUACCAGCGACGCCUAGAAACUCUACUCCACAACACGCCCCAACCAGCAGCAACCGCCAGCGGACCACCUCGGUUUCGGUGGGCGUUCCGGAGCACAUUGUCAAGGUGAAGCCCCCACUGACCAUUGUGGGCGAUGUCAGCGGUCGCAUUGCCAUCAUGGUGGAUGACCUGAUCGACGAUGUCCAGGCCUUUGUGGCCGCCGCUGAGAUGCUAAAGGAGCACGGAGCCUGCAAGAUCUACGUGCUGGCCACGCAUGGUCUGCUCAGCUCAGAUGCACCGCGUCAACUGGAUGAGUCGCCCAUCGACGAGAUCGUUGUCACCAAUACCAUUCCACACGAGAUCCAGAAGCUGCAGUGCCACAAGAUCAAGACGAUCGACAUCUCCAUUCUGAUUGCUGAGGCCAUUCGGCGCAUUCACAACAAGGAGUCCAUGUCCUAUCUGUUCCGCAACGUAACGCUGGAGGAUUAGGGGACCAAAACACCCGCCGCCUACUCAUACAACCACUCACAUGUCACAAAAAUAGUGUUGCAACCGACUCGUUUUGGGUCGGUUUUUGUUUGUUUUUCGCUUAUACACUCAUUGGAAAGUUUGCUCAAAUAAAAUUGAAUGAUCCAAC